ACCGGCGGAAAGACCGAAGUGAGAGUAGUUAAGUUCUACUUGGUACCUCAAAUCUUGUCUUGCCUCCAUCUAUUCCAAUUUUUUAUUACACACUCUUACAAUAAAAUGCUUGGAGCUGAAGUAGCAGCUGCAACUUUCUCACCACUGUCACUGUGGCUGCUUGCACCACCCACCCAUUCCACUAGAACAACGCUGCUUCUUCCCAAAACAAUCACAAAUUCAACACCUCGCCCUCUGCAUUUCUCUUUUCACAAGACCUGUAGAACUACAAGACACGCCCAUUUCGUUGCACAAGCCCUUUCUUCUUCUUCCGUUUCAAAUGCUGAAUACGUGGAGGAACCAGCUACAAAUGUGAAAUUUCAGACAUCUUUGAGUUUUCUGGGUUGCUCAGAUUCAUUAACUUUGUACGGAACUGGAUACAGAGAGAAAGUUUUUGCGAUUAUUGGCGUUAAGGUCUAUGCUGCAGGACUGUAUCUCAAUAAAUCUAUCACAAGUGAGUUGAAUGCUUGGAAUGGGCAAUCAAAAGCUGCAGUUCAAGCAGAUUCUUCCUUGUUCAAGACCAUUUUCCAAUCUUCACUUGAAAAAUUAUUGCAAAUCAUUCUUGUCAGAGACGUUGAUGGUAAAACUUUCUGGGAUGCCUUAAGUGAUGCCAUAUCACCAAGAAUUGCAGAACCCACAAGUGCAGAUGAAACUGCUUUGACCACUUUCCGUAACGUCUUUCUUGAUCGCCCUCUUAAGAAAGGAACUUUCAUAUUUUUAACCUGGUUGAACCCUUCUAGAUUACUUGUUUCUGUCUCCUCAGAUGGGCUUCCAUCUAAUGUGGAUGCUACAAUUGAAUCUGCCAAUGUGACUUGUGCUCUUUUUGAUGUGUUCCUUGGAGAUAGUCCUGUUUCACCCUCCUUGAAAGCUUCAGUGGCUGAAGGAUUAUCAAAAGCACUCAAGUGAGAAAAGUUUAGGGUAUCUUGAGAAAAUUGUAUACAUCCAAGUUGUCUUAAAAUGGUUUUAUCUUGUGAGUGUAUUGCUUCAGCCUAAUUUCUCCCUGUAUCUAUGUGGGCAGGCUCCAUGGUCCAUUGAUGUAUCUUGUUUACAACUAGGAUUGUGCCCGUGCAUAGCACGUGUUGAAGUAUCUAAUACUAAUUUUGGACCUAAAA